AAUGUACAGGUACAGUCUUUAAUGUUGUGUUAACACCUAAGCCGACUGUGCGUCUUGUUUUCUGCAGACUUUUAUUGGACUGAUAUUAAACUUUGUAGAUAUGAACACAUAACAAGACACAGGUGUUCUAUUACAGCUUUUGCCCGUUGCUUGAACACAUUUUGCAAAACUUCGCUCAUUUUGCCAAAACUCUACACACAAGUAAACAUGACACAACACUGGGAAAUAUACCAUUCACAUCUGUGUCAAAUUGAAACUCUACUAUCAAAACCUAACAUUCCUUUCUCAAAAUGUAACUCUGAUGACAAAAUGACACAUACUUGCAACAUAUGCAUACACUUUCAGAUCAGAGGGAAAACACUAGUCUACUUUGUAUAAAACACUGCAGUCUUUGAUUUUCACUGUUUCUUCAGAAGGCAUAUUUUCAGGAAGCACAUUUUCAAACAACCAAAAAAGGAAAUAGAACAGUAACAUGAAUUCAGAUAAAGCAAAAAAAUAAAAAUAGAAAAAACACUAUACUGUAAACACAGAAAAUCAUGGCAAUUGUGCAUACGUGGGCUCAUGAAUCCCGCUGUCUGUUGGGGUCUGGCUACAGGAUCUCAUCGACAUCACAAGCACUGUUUUCUCGCGCUAGACACCGGGGAAAAUAUCCCCUUGCAUGUCGAAACCAUCCAUGGAUUGCUGUCACCUGAAUGUCGCCGCAGGCCUGUUCCAUGGCCUGCAGAAGAGGCAUGCGGGCAUGUGGUUGCGGUCAUAUACACGCCAUCUCCAAGCCGAAAAUAAUUCCUCUAUAGGAUUUAAAAAUGGCGAGUAAGGGGACAAGUAUACCACUUCAAAUUGAUUGUGGUUGGUGAACCAGCCCUGGACCAGAGCUGUCCGAUGGAAACUGACAUUAUCCCAUACCACAAACCUGGGCUGAUCUGGUCUGUUCUGUUCUGUACAACUAUAUUAUGGAGAGCAUCUAGAAAUGUUCCUCCUCUGCCUCUGCCUCUUGCUCUCCCUCCAUCCAUAAUUGCAAAGUUCUUGAAAUGGCUAAACUGAGGGCUUUUUGUAGCUGGCUGAUCAGUUUUGCAAGUAAUGACUUCAGGUGUGUAUUUGAGUGGUUGCAAUUACUCGAUGUGUUUUGUAUUUUGGAUGUAUGUGUUUUCCAAAUGGAACCCUGAGAUUUCAUUUUUGAACGAAGGGUCUUAUGUAUGAAAUAGAGUGUAGUAUGCAGGACCAAGUGUGUUGCAUAAAGGAGUAAGUGUGUUGCAAAAUUGCAACUAGUGUGCAAACCAGUGCUUUUGUUUAAGGUAUGGGUACAUGUGUUUGAGGUAUGGUAACAAAAGCUUCAAGUUGUGUUACUUUAGUCUAAGCAUGGGUCUAUAGUGUUCAAGCAAUGGGCAAAAACUGUACUAUGUAUGAGGGAAAGUGAAAUGAUCUUAUGACCGAAGUUUCACUUUCAAUAACGAUUUAAGACUGAAGAUUCUACAGAAGAGAGUAAUGAACCUCUACACAUGUGUGAUAGAUCAAGCAACCUGCACAGAAGUGUUUCAUUCUUUUAAUGGGACUUUGUGCCCAUCGAAUGGACUUUACCACAUGACUUAUCACAUCUGUUUGCACACGUUUCAUAAUCUGAAGCAGGAAGACUUUCAGUUCAGAGAAUCAGAAACUGAACUCUCAUCGAUCUGUGGAGUGUUUGGUGUUUCUAUCUGUGUGUGUUCAUACGGUGAAAUGGCAGAAGCGAGUAUUUCAGAGGAUCACUUCAUGUGUUCAGUGUGUCUGGAUCUACUGAAGGAUCCAGUGACUGUUCCCUGUGGACACACUUACUGUAUGAGAUGUAUCACAGACUGCUGGAAUCAAGAAGAUCAGACGAGAAUCUACAGCUGCCCUCAGUGCAGACAAACCUUCUGUCCAAGACCUGUUUUAGGAAAGAAUGUGAUGUUUGCUGAGAUGAUGGAGAAACUGAAGAAGACUAAAGUCAAAUGUGCUGUUUCUGAUCAGUGUUCCUCUGGAGCUGGAGAUGUGGAGUGUGACGUCUGUACUGGAAGAAAACACAAAGCCAUCAAAUCCUGUCUGCUGUGUCUCAACUCUUACUGUCAAACUCAUCUUGAGCAACACGAGAAUCUCUUCAGAGGUCAAAGACACAACCUGAUAGACGCCACUGCACCACUUCAUGACAUGAUCUGCCCUCAACAUGACAAGAUUCUGGAGAUUUACUGUCGCACGGAUCACAAGCUUAUAUGUAUGCUGUGUAUGAUGGCCGAACAUAAAAACCAUGAGACGGUUUUAGCUGCAGAAGAGGGAACACACAAAAAGAGACAUUUAAAGGAGACAAAAAGAAAGUUAAAGAAAAGAAUCCAGAAGAGACAGAAAGACAUUCAGGAGCUGAGAGAUGUUGUGGAGUCUCACAAGCGGUGUGCACAGACAGCAGUGGAGGACUGUGAGAUGAUGUUUACUGAACUGAUCUCAUCCAUUGAGAGAAGACGCUCUGAGGUGACACAGCUGAUCAGAGAUCAGGAGACGGCUGCAGUGAGUUCAGCUGAAGGACUCUUGGAGCGACUGAAGCAGGAGAUUGAUGAUCUGAGGAGGAGAGACGCUGAGCUGGAGAAGCUUUUACACACACAACAUCACAUCCAUUUGCUGCAGAGUUUGUCGUCUCUCUCUGCUCCUCAUGGAUCUACAGACUCUCUGUCCAGCAUCACUGUCAGCUCUCUCCUCUCUUUUGAUGAUGUCAUCACAUCUGUAUCUCAUCUGAGAGACAAACUGGAGCAUUUGUGCACACGAGAGCUAGAAAAGAUCUCUGAGAGAGUGAAACACACAGAGAUUAUUCACAGUCCUGAACUCAAGACCAGAGAUCAGUUCCUCCAGUAUUCUCUUCAGUUGACUCUGGAUCUAAACACAGUGAAUAAACGCCUCCAUCUGUCUGAGAACAACAGAGAGAUUACACACACUUACACACAGCAUCAGUAUCCUGAUCAUCCAGACAGAUUUGAUGAUGUGUGUCAGGUGUUGUGUAGAGAGAGUGUGUGUGGACGCUCUUACUGGGAGAUUGAGUGGAAUGGUGUUUGUGUGUUUAUAUCAGUGUCAUAUAAGAGCAUCAUGAGGAAGGGAGAGGGUGAUGAGUGUUUGUUUGGAUGUAAUGAUCAGUCCUGGAGUUUGUUCUGUGGCUCCAGUUACUCAUUCAGUCACAAUAACAUAGAGACUGAUCUCUCUGUAAAGAUCAGAUCUAAUAGAAUAGGAGUGUAUGUGGAUGAGAGAGCAGGAAUUCUGUCCUUCUUCAGCGUCUCUGACACAAUGACCCUCAUCCACAGCAUCAGCACCACAUUCACUAAACCUCUCUAUCCUGGAUUUAGAUUUAGCUGGUUUAAUUCAAAAGUGGAAGUUUGUGAUCUCACAAUGUAGAUAAUACAUAAAUUAACCAAUCAUAUUUCAUAAGCUUACUUUUUUUGAUGUAACUAAAGUAAUACAUUUAUCUUGUUGACAUCUGGUGAUAAUUCAGUUGUUGAUGUUAACAUAAUUACUGUGAUUGGAAGUAAGACAUUUUGCUUAUUUUUUAAAUGUUUUGCAAGGGAUAGAAAUGAAUGAAGUGAUUAUGCCAAAUAUGUCAACAAAAUGUAUACAAAUGGAUUCAUUUUGAAAUUUGAUUUUAUACGAACAUUAAAAAGGGCCUUUUCCAUUA